AUGACCUUGCUGGGUGAACGCUUCCUUCGACUGGUCGCAAAAGCCCUCUCGCUCCCAUCAGAAACCUUCCUUCCCUUUCUUUCAGACCAGCACCGCCUCAAACUCGUACAUUAUCCCGCCCUCCCGGAAUCUGAAGUGGGCAGCCAAGGCGUCGGUCCGCACAAAGACUCAUCUGGGUGGUGGACUUUCCUCCUACAGGCUUCUCCGCCACAUAUAAAGGGACUGCAGGCUCUGAACAAGAACGGCGAAUGGAUCGACGUGCCUGUUGUACCGGGGUCGUUCGUGGUCAAUAUCGGACAAGCGUUCGAGGUGGUGACCAAUGGGGUGUGCAAGGCUACAACGCAUCGCGUGCUAUCUGGUUCGUUGGAGAGAUUCAGCGUGCCAUUCUUCCAGGGCGUGAGGAGAGAUUUGACAAAGGAAGAGGCGGUUGGUUCGUUGAGGGAGCAUUUUGACAAGCCUGAAAUCCGGGGCUUGGCACUGGAGUCGAACCAGGGGAGGGAUAUCGACUCUGCUUUUCUGCACGGAAAGUAUGACACGUGGGGUGAGAGUCAACUGAGAACGAAGAUCAGGAGCCACAGAGAUGUCGGGAAGAAGUUCUAUGCGGAUGUGUUUGACCAAUAUGUCAACGAUGAUCAGUAA